CCUGCAGGAAUAGGGCGGCCCUGGAAGGGGGCGGAGUCGUUUCAGCUUCGCUGAGCUUCGGCGCGUCCUGGCCCCCCCCACUUCCUUUUCUGGCUGUCCAGGGAGCCGGUCGUGGGGGUAGCGCAGCGAUGUCGCUGAGCCUGACGGUGAACGCGGAGGUUCCCCCGCUCGGAGCUUUGCUAACUGUAGAGCAUGUGAAAAAUGAUGUCAAAAUUUUGGUUGAAGAAGGCAAAGAGACCAUCCUCCGUGUAUCUGACCAUGCUGUGUUCACUGAUGUGAAUUCCAUAGUUCGCUAUCUGGCUAGAGUUGCCACUUCCGCAGGACUAUAUGGUUCUAAUCUUCUGGAACACACUGAGAUUGACCAUUGGCUGGAAUUCAGCGCGACAAAGUUAUCUACCAGUGCCCAGUUUGGUUCAGCACUCCUUGAGCUUAAUCACUGUCUGUCUCUGAGGACCUACUUGGUUGGAAACUCCCUGAGUCUGGCAGAUUUGUGUGUCUGGGCUGUACUAAAAGGCAAUAGUGCAUGGCAAGAACAAUUGGAGCAAAACAAGGCUCCAGUCCAUACGAAGCGCUGGUAUGGCUUUCUUGAGGCACAGUGUACCUUUCAAUCAGUGGGUACCAAGUGGGCUGCAGUUGCAUCAAAGACCAAAGAGGCAACAGAAAAGAAACAAGAUGUUGGGAAAUUUGUGGAACUCCCAGGUGCAGAGAUGGGGAAGGUCAUUGUUCGGUUUCCUCCUGAAGCCAGUGGUUAUUUACAUAUUGGUCAUGCAAAAGCUGCUCUGCUAAAUCAGCAUUACCAGGUUAACUUUAAAGGAAAACUCAUCAUGAGGUUUGAUGACACAAAUCCUGAAAAGGAAAAAGAAGACUUUGAAAAGGUUAUCCUGGAAGACGUUGCAAUGCUGCACAUCAAACCAGAUCAAUUUACAUAUACCUCAGAUCACUUUGAGACUAUAAUGAAAUAUGCUGAGAAGCUUAUUCAAGAAGGGAAGGCGUAUGUGGAUGAUACUCCUGCAGAACAAAUGAAAAUGGAGCGUGAGCAGAGAAUAGAAUCUAAACACAGAAAUAACUCUGUUGAGAAGAAUCUACAAAUGUGGGAAGAAAUGAAAAAGGGAACAGAAUGUGGACAAAUGUGUUGUCUACGAGCAAAAAUAGACAUGAAUAGUAACAAUGGGUGUAUGAGAGACCCAACCCUUUAUCGUUGCAAAAACCAACCACACCCACGCACUGCAAGUAACUACAAUGUUUAUCCUACAUAUGACUUUGCCUGCCCCAUUGUUGACAGUAUUGAAGGUGUCACACAUGCAUUAAGAACAACAGAAUACCAUGACAGAGAUGAGCAGUUCUACUGGAUCAUUGAAGCCUUGGGCAUAAGGAAGCCAUACAUCUGGGAGUACAGUCGUCUAAACCUCAACAACACUGUGCUAUCUAAAAGAAAGCUCACCUGGUUUGUCAAUGAAGGGCUGGUAGAUGGAUGGGAUGAUCCAAGAUUUCCCACUGUGCGUGGUGUGCUGAGAAGAGGUAUGACUGUUGAAGGACUAAAACAGUUUAUUGCUGCACAGGGCUCCUCCCGAUCUGUUGUCAACAUGGAAUGGGAUAAAAUUUGGUCAUUUAACAAAAAGGUCAUAGACCCAGUGGCACCUCGGUAUACUGCGUUACUGAAGGAUGAAGUGGUCACUGUGAACAUUCCUGAAGCCCUAGAGGAAAUGAAAGAAGUGGCCAAACAUCCAAAGAAUGCUGAUGUUGGCUUGAAGCCUGUGUGGUACAGUUCCAAAGUGCUGAUUGACGGUGCAGAUGCAGAGACUUUGACUGAGGGAGAGACUGUUACAUUCAUAAAUUGGGGCAACAUUAUCAUCACUAAAAUACACAGAAACUCAAGCAGGAAAAUUGUGUCCAUUGAUGCCAAGCUGAACAUGGAGAACAAGGACUACAAAAAAACAACUAAGAUCACUUGGCUUGCAGAGACCCCACAUGCACCUCUCAUUCCAGCUGUCUGUGUUAACUAUGACCAUCUGAUCACCAAACCUGUCCUAGGUAAAGAUGAAGAUUUCAAGCAAUAUGUCAACCGAAAUAGUAAGCAAGAAGAUCUGAUGUUAGGUGAUCCUUGCCUUAAGGAGUUGAAAAAAGGAGACAUUAUACAACUUCAGAGAAGAGGAUUUUUUAUUUGUGAUCAACCCUACGAACCAGUUAGCCCAUACAGCUGUAAAGAAGCCGCAUGUGUUUUGAUAUAUAUCCCUGAUGGACACACAAAGGAAAUGCCAACAUCUGGCUCAAAAGAGAAGACAAAAGCAGAAACUGCAAAGAAAGAGGCUAGUUCAGCUUCAAAGGAAAAGUCUGCUCCACUUGUUGCUGAUGCCUGUAUUCCAGCCUCUGCUCCAUCUGAGAACCCCCUGGUCUUUUACAACAGAGUGUCUGCUCAGGGUGAUGUAGUUCGUGAUUUGAAAGGUAAAAAGGCUGCAAAGGAAGAUAUUGAUGCAGCUGUGAAACAGCUAUUGGCCUUGAAGGUGGAAUACAAGGAGAAGACAGGUCAGGAGUAUAAGCCUGGAAAUCCUCCUGCAGCAGCUGUAGCAGUACCAAAUGUUUCUUCGACACCUCAGAUCUCCAGCAAUCUGGACAGCAAUGCUCUUUAUCAUAACGUAGCUGAGCAAGGGGAGGUGGUCAGAAAACUGAAAGCUGAGAAAGCACCUAAGGAUAAAGUAGAUGAAGCAGUGAAACUCCUCCUUUCUCUGAAAGCAGAGUAUAAAGAAAAGACUGGGCAGGACUACAAGCCAGGGCACGUGUCAGCAACUCAGAUAUCUGCUUCACCCCAAACAACAAGCACAGAAAUCAGUGGCCCAGACACACCAGAAGCUAAAGCUCUGUUUAACAAGGUGGCUUGUCAAGGAGAAGAAGUCCGUAAACUAAAAGCAGGAAAAGCAGAAAAGGAUAAAAUAGAUACAGCAGUGCAGGAACUGCUUCAACUGAAGGCCCAGUACAAGUCUCUUACAGGAGUAGACUAUAAACCUUUCUCUGCCAUUGGGGUUGAGGAUAAAGACAAGAAAAAAAAAGAGAAGGAGAACAAGUCUGAAAAGCAGAAUAAGCAACAGAAACAGAGUGAUACUCAGAAGAAAGACUAUCAGAAAGACCAGGGUGGUAAUGGCCUCUCCUCAGACGGUCCAGGAGAAGGUCAAGGGCCUAAGAAACAGACCAGGCUCGGUCUAGAAGCUAAAAAAGAAGAAAAUCUUUCUGAUUGGUUUUCUCAGGUGAUCACAAAAUCAGAGAUGAUUGAAUACUACGAUGUGAGUGGCUGCUACAUUCUUCGUCCAUGGACUUUUUUCAUUUGGGAAACCAUCAAGGAUUUUUUCGAUGGUGAGAUCAAGAAACUUGGUGUAGAAAACUGCUACUUUCCCAUGUUUGUGUCUCAGGCUGCUCUGGAGAAAGAGAAGACUCAUAUUGCUGACUUUGCACCUGAGGUUGCUUGGGUUACGAGAUCUGGUAAAACAGAGCUGGCUGAACCAAUUGCUGUACGUCCUACAAGUGAAACAGUAAUGUAUCCUGCCUUUGCAAAGUGGGUGCAGUCACAUAGAGAUCUUCCUAUCAAGCUUAAUCAGUGGUGCAACGUAGUGCGUUGGGAGUUCAAACAUCCUCAGCCUUUCCUGCGCACUCGUGAGUUCCUUUGGCAGGAAGGACACACGGCAUUUGCUACGUAUGAAGACGCAGCAGAAGAGGUAUUGCAGAUUCUUGAUCUCUAUGCUCGGGUGUAUGAAGAACUCCUGGCAAUACCUAUUGUGAAAGGAAGAAAAACUGAAAAAGAGAAGUUUGCAGGUGGAGACUAUACAACCACUGUGGAAGCAUAUGUAUCUGCCAGUGGAAGAGCUAUCCAGGGAGCAACAUCGCACCAUCUGGGGCAGAAUUUUUCAAAAAUGUUUGAGAUCGUAUUUGAAGAUCCCAAGAUACCAGGAGAAAAACAGUUCGCCUAUCAAAACUCUUGGGGCCUUUCAACUCGGACCAUUGGUGUGAUGACAUUGAUCCAUGGAGAUAAUAUGGGCUUGGUGCUACCACCUCGGGUAGCUUGUGUUCAGGUUGUAAUUAUUCCUUGCGGCAUCACAAAUUCUCUUUCUGAAGAGGACAAAGAGGCACUGAUGAAGAAAUGUAAUGAAUAUCUUAAAAGACUGCUCCAUGUCAAUGUCCGCGUACGUGCUGAUUUAAGAGACAACUAUUCACCUGGUUGGAAGUUCAAUCACUGGGAGCUUAAGGGUGUUCCCAUCAGGCUUGAAGUGGGACCACGAGAUAUGAAGAACGGUCAGUUUGUAGCUGUCAGAAGAGACACAGGACAGAAGUUGACCUUUGCUGAACAUGAGGCAGAGGAUAAACUCAGACACAUUUUGGAGGAGAUCCAUGCUAACCUUUACAACAAAGCUUUUGAAGACCUAACAAAUCAUAUGGUGGUGGCCAAUAAUAUGGAAGACUUUCAAAAAGAACUUGAAGCAGGAAAGAUUGUGCAGAUUCCCUUUUGUGGGGAAAUGGAGUGUGAGGACUGGAUCAAGAAAACUACUGCCAGGGAUCAAGAUCUUGAGCCUGGUGCCCCGUCCAUGGGAGCAAAAAGUCUCUGCAUCCCCUUCAAACCUCUAAGCGAGCUGCAGCAUGGAGCAAAAUGUGUCUGUGGCAAGAACCCCGCCAAGUUCUACACCCUCUUUGGUCGUAGUUACUAAGUUACUAGCGAAAACACCUUGUUCCUUAUCUCUGAACCCAACUUUUUUUAAUAAGACUGAAAUCUCCCCAGAUCUUAUCAGUUUUUUGACUUUUUAAAUAAUUCAAAAAACAAAGCCAUAAGAAACCAUUAAAAAAAAACCCAGUCAUCAGUCUUAGACUAGCAGUAUUGCUCAGAAUUUUCUGUAAACAUCUCUAAUAAUAAAUAUGUAUUGUGAGCUAUAA